AUGUAUACUGCAGACUCGAUGAUAUUGAAGUUCCCACAGUUACACAAUGUUAACAUCAAUGUUGAUAAACUAGCUUCUCAAAUAUACCAGCCUAUUUCAACUGACAAACUAAGGCAAACAAUGAUACAAAUUGCAAAUUCAAUCCAUGUUGCAAAAGUUGAUGAGUUUGCUAAGCUUGCCUGUACCUGUGUUGCCAUUGAUGAGGGGAAGACUCAGCAGUUUCACAAUCUGGACUUCUCCCUCACAAAUCCUCUGCAAAGCAAGCGGCCCUAUCCUGUUGAGUCAAUCCAAAUGAAUGGUGGAACAUCUGAAGAUUAUAUCCACUCGCUUACUCAAGGAUUUAACAGAAUCUUCAUUAGAGAUGUUAAGAUCAGCAGUGUAGUUUGCGAUGGCAAUAAAGCGCAAUUGAAAUGUUUUCAGAAAGGAUGGAAUCAAUCGUUCUACAACUCAAAUGACCCAAGGUUAUUCAAAAUCUUGUUUAUCCCGUGUUUAUGCCACAGGAUUCAUAAUUGUUAUCAAUAUAUGACAACAAAAGACGUAGCAUUAGGAGCAAUUGUGAAACAUAUCCACGAAAUAUCAGCUCUUUGUAGAAUCCAUGUUGAAGACAUCGGAGCUCUCUGUCCAAAGCAU